AUGUGUUCUGCGACGCCUGCAGUAUGUGUUCUGCGACGCCUGGAGUAUGUGUUCUGCGACGCCUGCAGUAUGUGUUCUGCGACGCCUGCAGUAUGUGUUCUGCGACGCCUGCAGUAUGUGUUCUGCGACGCCUGCAGUAUGUGUUCUGCGACGCCUGCAGUAUGUGUUCUGCGACGCCUGCAGUAUGUGUUCUGCGACGCCUGCAGUGUGUGUUCUGCGACGCCUGCGGUAUGUGUUCUGCGACGCCUGCAGUAUGUGUUCUGCGACGCCUGCAGUAUGUGUUCUGCGACGCCUGCUGUAGGUGUUCUGCGACGCCUGCAGUAUGUGUUCUGCGACGACUGCAGUAUGUGUUUUGCGACGCCUGCAGUAUGUGUUCUGCGACGCCUGCGGUAUGUGUUCUGCGACGCCUGCGUAUGUGUUCUGCGACGCCUGCAGUAUGUGUUCUGCGACGCCUGCAGUGUGUGUUCUGCAACGCCUGCGGUAUGUGUUCUGCGACGCCUGCGAUAUGUGUUCUGCGACGCCUGCGGUAGGUGUUCUGCGACGCCUGCAGUAUGUGUUCUGCGACGCCUGCAGUAUGUGUUCUGCGACGCCUGCAGUAUGUGUUCUGCGACGCCUGCGGUGUUCUGCGACGCCUGCGGUAUGUGUUCUGCGACGCCUGCGGUAUGUGUUCUGCGACGCCUGCAGUAUGUGUUCUGCGACGCCUGCAGUAUGUGUUCUGCGACGCCUGCGGUAUGUGUUCUGCGACGCCUGCAGUAUGUGUUCUGCGACGCCUGCAGUGUGUGUUCUGCGACGCCUGCGGUAUGUGUUCUGCGACGCCUGCAGUAUGUGUUCUGCGACGCCUGCAGUGUGUGUUCUGCGACGCCUGCGGUAUGUGUUCUGCGACGCCUGCGGUAUGUGUUCUGCGACGCCUGCAGUGUGUGUUCUGCGACGCCUGCGGUAUGUGUUCUGCGACGCCUGCGAUAUGUGUUCUGCGACGCCUGCGGUAGGUGUUCUGCGACGCCUGCAGUAUGUGUUCUGCGACGCCUGCAGUAUGUGUUCUGCGACGCCUGCAGUAUGUGUUCUGCGACGCCUGCGGUAGGUGUUCUGCGACGCCUGCGGUAUGUGUUUUGCGACGCCUGCGGUAUGUGUUCUGCGACGCCUGCAGUAUGUGUUCUGCGACGCCUGCGAUAUGUGUUCUGCGACGCCUGCGAUAUGUGUUCUGCGACGCCUGCUGUAUGUGUUCUGCGACGCCUGCGGUAUGUGUUCUGCGACGCCUGCGAUAUGUGUUCUGCGACGCCUGCUGUAUGUGUUCUGCGACGCCUGCGGUAUGUGUUCUGCAACGCCUGCGAUAUGUGUUCUGCGACGCCUGCGAUAUGUGUUCUGCGACGCCUGCAGUAUGUGUUCUGCGACGCCUGCAUAUGUGUUCUGCGACGCCUGCAGUAUGUGUUCUGCGACGCCUGCAGUAUGUGUUCUGCGACGCCUGCUGUAGGUGUUCUGCGACGCCUGCAGUAUGUGUUCUGCGACGCCUGCAGUAUGUGUUCUGCGACGCCUGCAGUAUGUGUUCUGCGACGCCUGCAGUAUGUGUUCUGCGACGCCUGCGGUAUGUGUUCUGCGACGCCUGCAGUAUGUGUUCUGCAACGCCUGCGAUAUGUGUUCUGCGACGCCUGCGAUAUAUGUGUUCUGCGACGCCUGCUGUAUGUGUUCUGCGACGCCUGCGGUAUGUGUUCUGCGACGCCUGCGAUAUGUGUUCUGCGACGCCUGCUGUAUGUGUUCUGCGACGCCUGCGGUAUGUGUUCUGCGACGCCUGCGAUAUGUGUUCUGCGACGCCUGCGAUAUGUGUUCUGCGACGCCUGCAGUAUGUGUUCUGCGACGCCUGCUGUAUGUGUUCUGCGACGCCUGCAGUAUGUGUUCUGCGACGCCUGCAGUAUGUGUUCUGCGACGCCUGCAGUAUGUGUUCUGCGACGCCUGCAGUAUGUGUUCUGCGACGCCUGCGAUAUGUGUUCUGCGACGCCUGCGAUAUGUGUUCUGCGACGCCUGCAGUAUGUGUUCUGCGACGCCUGCAGUAUGUGUUCUGCGACGCCUGCAGUAUGUGUUCUGCGACGCCUGCUGUAUGUGUUCUGCGACGCCUGCAGUAUGUGUUCUGCGACGCCUGCAGUAUGUGUUCUGCGACGCCUGCGAUAUGUGUUCUGCGACGCCUGCAGUAUGUGUUCUGCGACGCCUGCAGUAUGUGUUCUGCGACGCCUGCAGUAUGUGUUCUGCGACGCCUGCGAUAUGUGUUCUGCGACGCCUGCGAUAUGUGUUCUGCGACGCCUGCGAUAUGUGUUCUGCAACGCCUGCAGUAUGUGUUCUGCGACGCCUGCAGUAUGUGUUCUGCGACGCCUGCAGUAUGUGUUCUGCGACGCCUGCGAUAUGUGUUCUGCGACGCCUGCGAUAUGUGUUCUGCGACGCCUGCGAUAUGUGUUCUGCGACGCCUGCAGUUGCUCUCACAUGAGCGAGGCUGACUGA